AUACACCCAGAUAGACAUAAGUUAAAGAGUUGAGGAUUCAUGCAUGAACUGGAAAUUCAUUAAACAUAAUAUGUGAAUAUAUUUUCGUGACAUUUGAUGGAAUAUGAACGUACUGUGAAAUAUAUUGUUUGUCAAAACAACGCAUGCGCAAAACCAGGUGUGAAGCAACUUGUCAUGUAUGAGAAACUCUCUCCUCUGUAAAACACGUGUGGGAAGACGAAACAUAGACAUUGUGAAUCACAGUUUCAUACUGACGCCUCUAGACAUCUUUUCAAGCGUGUGGAAAGGAAAAUAACAAGCAGCAUUCCCCUUUAAUUACAUACCUCCUGGACUUUCCACAUUUCCAGAAGUAUUUCAGAGCAUGUUUAUCAAUCUGACAAUUUGGGAACAAUCACGAAGUGGUGUUAUUUGUUCUUUUUGAAUAACAGCGAUUGAUAAACAAAGAUGCAGGACGACCCGGUCUACGACUAUCCUGAAGCUCGGCCCGUGGGGGAGAGACGGACAUGUUCACAGAGAGGAUCCCUGAGGAGCAUCAGUGUACUGGACCGGCUCUUGUUGACGCACCCUGUGUGGCUCCAGCUCUCCAUUAACUCGGCUACAGCUCUACACAUCCUUCAGCGUGAGCCCCCCGGGACCUUCCUGGUGCGUAAGUCCAGUACAUCGCAGAAAAAAAUGUUGUGUGUCCGGCUGGCAGACGACAGCAUGCCGUCCUUUUUCAAACAGGUCGUCAUCCGAGAAGAAGACUCAGCCUUCUCUUUGGAAAGCUCUGCUAUUAGUUUCCCAGACCUGUGCAGACUCAUUGCCUUCUACUGUGUUAGUCGGGACGUUCUUCCUUUCACUCUGGAGCUGCCUGAAGCUAUUGCCAAGGCUUCUUCACACAAACAGUUGGAGUCCAUCUCUCAUAUGGGUGUGGAGUUCUGGAGUUCCCACUUAAAUGUUCGGGGUCCUCGUAAUGAACCUCCAGCCACUGACAAACACGUUCCUCCAAGUUCAAGCCCACAAGACUGCUUAACGCCCAUCAAUCCAAACCCCACCCCGUUCCAGGAGCUUUGUCCGAUCCAAACACGGAGACCCUGUGAACUAGAUUACGGGUGUGGCAAAGGUUUAUGUUUUGUCAAUCCUCUUUUCCUACAAGACUACCCAGGUCGCAACACCAUGCGCAGGCGUCAUCAUUUCAAAACCAGCUUCAAGGUGCGUGUCUCCACUGAAAAUUCGGGCCCCACGUCACCCCCUGUCCUCCCACCACCUCCCCCGCCAUUACUGGCUAAAGCCAAAUGCAAAGCCAGAUUGAAAGCUGCAAAGCCGAUGACCCCACCUGAAGCAGUUCAGGCCAGUGAGGAAGAAUUCAAAAAGACUGUGGAGGAAGCCUCAGACUACAUGAAACCUUGUGAUUCAUCACAGAAGAAAGCCAAGGUCACCUCUACUCUUUCUCCCACCGCUGAAGAAGAUGACUAUCAGAUACCUAAAGCUCUUCAGAAGGCUUUGCCAAAAGUCCUGGAGCAGAAAGGACGGGAAGAAGAUGAGGAGGAAGAGGACGAUAGACUUGUGCUGGAACAGCGACAUGCUCCGUCUCUCAGUGAGCUGGACAGCUGCAGUUCCCUCAGCAGCCUUGACGAGACGGAGGAGAGUCCCGAACGUCCUCCCCUCGUACGAGGCACUAGCAACCCCGUCAUGCCACCUCCCAGGAAGUCCAUGUCUGCUCUGCGCAAAAUGAGCGCCGCCUUCAUAUCCUUUUUCGCCCCAGAGAAGCGAGUGGCGCGGAUGGUGGAGGACCUGUCUCGUGACCGUCGCAUGGCAUUUGGUGCUCUGGUUCAGGACUUCCUGAGGCAGCAGAGAGAGGCGCUGAAGCCCCACUGCUUGACCUCUGCUGUACAGCUGCUGCAGGAUUUGCGUCUCUUCAUCAAUCAGGCCAAAGGUUUCCUUCUGGAAUGUGGAGAGCUGGAACCUCCAAUAGAAACUCUUCUGACCGAGAAUGAAAAAGACCAAGCACUGGAGAAGGCCAUGUUCCGCUGUGUGCUGAAACCUCUGAAGCCUCAGAUUGAUGCGGCUCUUCGCACCCUGCACAAACAAGAUGGUUCCUUACAAAGAAUGAUGGACAGCUUGCAAAGAGCCAAAGAGGCAUCGCCACAGAAGCUCUUUGGGGUGCAGGUGGGCGUUCCUGAUGCCCAGGGUAUUGAGAAAAUUAAGCACAAGCUGACUCUAAUGCAGCGGGCGUACUCACCCAUUGACAAAGUGCUGCUGGUCUUGCAGAUCUGCAAACUCAUUUACAAAACCAUGAAAAACAAAUCAGGGCAGGAAUUUGGUGCAGAUGACUUCCUCCCUGUUCUCUCAUAUGUGAUGGUGCUGUGCAAUAUGCCAGAGGUUUCUCUGGAGGUGGAGUAUAUGAUGGAGCUUUUGGAAAGCUCUUGGCUUACAGGAGAAGGGGGUUACUAUCUGACAAGUGUCUAUGCCAGUCUGAGUCUGAUUCAAAGUCAGCCGGAGGAUGUGCCACCCAACGGCCUUACAAAUCAGGCCAGAGCGUCUCUGAAAGAAUGGAGCCGGCGUCGGAGCAACGAAACCACAAGUCAGAAAGACAACAAACUGCACCAGGGGUUUAUAAAGGUGCUGUUUCAAGAUGGCGACAGUAGCUUGGUAAAAACUCUGAUGUGGAAGACUGCGCUCAAUGGUGAGGCUAUGGCUCAGCUCUGUGCUGUGAAGUUUGGAGUGGACCGGCCGGAGGAUUACAGCCUGUACUGGAGGAGAGACGGGGUGUUAACGCCUCUCCCGCCUAACACCCAGAUUCAAGACCUGCAGAGCAUGGGUGUGAGUGGGGUUCCUCUUAUUUACCAGGCGUCCAGUCAGGAUGAAAGGUCCCAGAAGCUGAACAGAGGGAGCGCGGUGGAUCUGACAGAGGCGGCUUCAUAAUAUGGGACUUUUUCAGAUGUCACACAUGAAGGUCAAAGCAAUUCUGCAUUUUAUGCAGCAUGCCUCAUUUGUCAAAGAAAGGCUGAUGAAAUAACAAUAUCCUCAUAAUGGAGCUCAGUAACCAUUUGAGGUGUUUUCCACUGAAUCCUUUUAAUGUUGACUGUAAAAUUAGAUUACACCUCUAAUAAAUAAAGGUUGUUUUUUGGCAUUCAUGGAACCUUUCCAUUAAACAGUAUGUUCUUCAUAUUAAAAAUGUUUUUUAGUUUAUGAAAAUGUUCUUUACACACUAAAAAAAGUUGUUGUUUUUUCUUUCGGGGAACCAAGAAUUCUUCUAUGGCAUUGCUGCAAGCCCUCGUUUUGGAACCUUUAUUUUUAAGUUUUUAGAUUUUGUAAGAUGCUAAAUCAACCUGUUUAGUGUCCAUUGCUGGUAAUUAUUUAUUGUGUUUAGCUGGUGUUGUGUAAUAUUUAUUUGGGCUUAAAAAUUUGCUUGUAACUUUUUUGUAAAAAAUUUGCUAAAUGUAUAUAAUGUGCGAGUACAUCAUAAAUUCAUCUACCAAACC